CGAAGUUCUAUCCAUUUCGUCAGCUUUCCAUCUACCUUCUACCGUAGAAUUCGUGUGAGUCGUGACAGCCACAUGGCUACUGAAACCGAGCAAGCUGACGUGCAUAACAAAGUCGUGUGCGUUCUGGCCGUAUAAGGAUCUCGCACGGAUCUCGCAUGAACCACCCCUGCAGAUCAUGCGAACACCCAAUACAUCGCGUAUUAACCGGUUUCAAGAAGGCACAUCGCUAAAAGGAAUAUAUAAAGCGGAAGAAUAACGUGAAAAGGAUUUUAAUAAGAUCAUACAUCUUAACAGACUUCUUUUCUCAAGGAGCAGUUUCUGAAACACUUACCGAAAUGCCAACUUAUUUCCUUACCGGUGCGAAUCGUGGGAUCGGCCUCGAGAUCGUUCGGCAACUCUCGCAGGACGGAAGCAACAAUGUCAUCGCAGCUGUUCGAUCAAAGAAAGGAGAUGUUGCAGAACUGAAGGAAUUAGCGACGAAAGGAAACGUCCACAUCAUUGAAUGCGAUGUGUCAUCCACGGACUCAAUAUCCAGCCUAGAAUUCCGCGUCGCAGAAAUCUUGUCCAAAACAGGCGAGAACCUCAACUAUCUCUUCAAUGUUGCCGGAAUAAACGCCACAUCCUCGGACACAUCGCUAUCGAUAGAUCCUGUAUCGUUACAGAAUCAUAUGAACACAAAUGUUCUUGGACCCGCGAAAAUCGUCGAAACACUCCGACAAUACCUUGCAAGAGGAGCAGUCGUCAUGAAUAUGACCUCAGGCCUUGCCAGCAUGACCGUGGCAAAGGAUAUGCCAAAAUGCUGCACGUAUUCCAUCAGCAAAGCGGCACAGAACAUGUUGACGCUCCAUCAAGCGAGGGAUUUGAGACGAAAUCACGCGAUCGUGAUAUGUAUGGAUCCUGGGUGGGUGAAAACGAGAAUGGGCGGAAAGGGUGCAAUGGUGGAACCACAAGUUAGCAUUGAGGGCAUGCUGGAAGUGGUGAGAGGGUUAAAGAAAGAUGAUAGUGGCAAAUUCUAUAGAUUCGAUGGAAGCCAGGUCCCGUGGUAAUCGAGGAUGGAGAGGGCGGCGUGGAUACUGG